CACACACACACACACCUACACACACAAACACUCACACACUUUGAGACCUUCUGGGAUAAUAUGAGAUCCAUUUUCCAAUCAUGAUUUCAUGCCGAAUUGACUGACACCUGCAUCGCAAGUCGCAACUCCGUUGAGAGCGUCACAGACUGAGUGAAGAUGCUCUCGCAGCCUCUUCAACCGCUCACCGAGGAGCGGCUUUAUUACCACUGACUGUACAGAGCGCGCUGGUCUGCUCGCAGGAUGACAAGGGAAAAUAAAUUGUAAAUUAUUUAACUAUUCAAAAUAUGAUAUUUGGACUCACUCUUUGAGAAUAGAGAUGGGGGAUUUCGUUCACAAGCUGCCGCAGAUGAAUUUUAUUGCACGCACUUGGUGAUACUUUUUUUUUUUUUUUUUUUAAACUUGGAUACACUUUGGAUUACCGAUGGAUUUCUCAAACGAUUCUAAUUUUUCCCUCGGAUACUUCAAUUCGACAACAACAGCUGCAGACGGGGCCCUUCACUGCAGUGCCAUCCUCCCCGUCAUCUUCGGCAUCAUCUGCUUCCUGGGUAUCAUGGGGAACUGCAUCGUCAUCUACACCAUCACGAAGAAGACCAAGGGCCGCGCCAAGCAAACCGUUCCGGACAUCUUUAUCUUGAAUCUGUCCAUCGUCGAUCUCCUGUUCCUCCUCGGGAUGCCGUUCCUCAUCCACCAGCUGCUGGGCAACGGCACCUGGCACUUCGGAGCUGCCAUGUGCACGGUCAUCACGGCGCUCGACUCCAACAGCCAGAUUGUCAGCACUUACAUCCUCACUGCAAUGACCCUCGACCGUUACCUGGCUACGGUCCAUCCGAUCCGCUUCAACUACAUCCGCACGCCCUGUGUGGCAGCGCUGGUCAUCGGCCUGGUGUGGGGCCUGUCGUUGCUCACCAUCAUCCCCGUGUGGAUGUACGCAGGCCUGAUGCCUGUGCCAGAUGGCCUGGUGGCCUGCGCUCUCCUUCUGCCCGACCCGGUCACUGACAUAUACUGGUUCACGCUCUACCAGUUCUUCUUGGCGUUCGCCAUACCUUUGGUCGUCAUCUGCCUGGUGUUCUUCAAGAUCCUCCAACACAUGUCCACCAGCGUGGCGCCGCUGCCGCCGCGCAGUUUGAGGAUGCGCACCAGGAAGGUGACCCGGAUGGCAGUGGCCAUCUGCCUGGCCUUCUUCAUCUGCUGGGCCCCUUACUACAUCCUUCAGCUGGUCCACCUCGGGGUGCAGAAGCCAAGCCUAGCUUUCUCCUACGCCUACAACAUAGCCAUCAGCAUGGGAUACGCCAACAGCUGCAUCAACCCGUUCCUCUACAUCGUCCUCAGUGAGACCUUCAAGAGGCUGUUUCUCAGGGCUGUGCGCCCGGUCAAUAGAAAGUUCCGCGUGAAUCCGAGCACCACGGAUGGGGGCAGCGUGAGUGUGAGAAUGGUACCUGAAGGUGCUCGGCAGGAGCCAGAGUCUGGGGAGAUGAUGCCAUCCAACAUGGCCCCACAGUGAAUAGGAAUCACAACAAACUUCACGAUGUGUCACUGUAGAUCUGAUAAAGCACUGCAAAUGGGACAUUAGCACAAGAGCACAUGCUGCUUCGGAACAGUCGGCGCAUCAGCUCUAAUCAACCAUUUUACUUCAGUUUAGACCUGGAUUGAAACGUUGUUUCCCAGCAUUCAUAAUCAUGCAAAGCACAGCAUCGCUGAUUUACAUACCGGUCUGCUACAGGGCUUGAACAGUGUUCAGUUUACUCAUUUACACCUGCAAAAGAAAUAAAACACACAUUUUCAAAAAUGGGAAGCUCACAGUGAAGUCAAAUUGGCCUAUUUGCUGAAUCCGUCAAUUCAAAACAUACUGUAAAUUUUUGCACGAAUAUAAAAACUCUCAAUAGAACCUUUUUGCUCAGUUGAACAUAAUCACAUGUCUGACAAUCCUGUCUUCUUCUUUUUGAAAAUGUCGCCAAACAUAUAUGUAUCAACAAUUGCGCCACUGGGCUGCGUUUGAGACCAGUUAGACUCUAACUGUCAGAGGGUUAGUUUCUCCAUACUAGAGGUGUUCAGACUGAAUGCAAAGCAGGAUAUGUUGCGCAGCUAUGUUUGUUUACACCAAGCAGCCAGCAGACAACAACAGAGAGGAGAAUCGUUCACAGAGUCAAUCCAUGAUCGCCACAUGAUUCUUUUCACUGCUCGUGUGACAGCAGAUUCUUGCAGCUUGGGUGAUCACACAUUUAUGUCAAACAAGAGACAUUUGCAACCUGAGCGGUCAUGACAAGCGGCCUUGUCCUUUAACCACAUCAACAGGGGGCAUUUUCUUCCAGACUGUAUCAUCGUCUGGGCAAAAUGUUGUAGAAAUAACUACACCUAAAUACCAGCGGGUCCUGCCUGACAUCCUAAUAGGUGGACUAAACACUACAUUGUAAACACUCCCAUCAACACACGUAGUCAAGUAUAUCUUAAGCGAUUCAUAUUUCUACCGUGUGCAUCCAUGCAGUUUGACAAGCAGUGGCUUGCAGGUGGAUAUGACAUCUGUAUAUGACCAAAUACUGGAAAGAGUUUGUGCUUAAAGACUGGCAGACAUCUUAUUGAGGUUUUGAUGAUGUAUUAUUUUUUGUUCUUGUGUCCUGUGAUUUUUUUUAUUUAUCCUUUGAUGUAAUAUCGAGCUUCUGAAAACCCAAAUGGAGAACGAGACUGGACAUAAUGCCUUGGAUCAUAUGGUGUAAUAUACUGAAAAAGCUCUGCUGAAAGCAGCAAGUAAUGGAAGUGUUUCUUUGAAACCAGAUACUUUUAUGACUCCUCGCUAUGGUAACAGUGCUGUAACGUGGAGGACGUGGCUUCCAAUCAGGGAAGAUUAGAUGUUUGAGUGAAGUCCUGAUUUGUGUGUUGUUCAAACAGUGAAAAAAGACUUCACAUUAACUAAGCAUGAAAGAUGAGAGGCCUGCAGGUGUGCAAAAUAAGGAAUUGAAGUCUUUUGUUUUGUUACUCUGUGUAUCUACCUGUUUUCUUGUUUGUCUGUUCAUUAUAUCUUAAAGGGGACAGUUCACGCCAAAAUCAAAAAUACACAUUUUUUUCUUACCUGUAGUGUUAUUUAUUAGGAUAGAUUGUUUUGGUGUGAGUUGCGUAGUGGUGGAAAUAGAGAUGUCUGCCUUCUCUCCAAUAUAAUUAUAUGGCACUCUGCUUUUGGAGCUCAACAUGCCAAAUAAACACAUUUGAAAAACUCAACAGCAAUUAUUCUUUAGAAAUCAUGACUAUUGAGUCAAGAUAAUCCACAGACCUUGUUGUGAGCAGUUUCAUUUAGGAUUUUCUAGAUUGAUAAAUAACACUAUACACCCAAGAGGAGAAAUGUGUAUUUUUGAUUUUGGGAUUAACUGUUCCUUUUAAAACUAGUACCACUGUUUGGCAAAUUAGUCACACCAGGAGUUUGCAAACUGGUGAUCAAAAUAAUGGACAAAACCCAUCCAACUCACACAUUAGCUGGGGUUUUGUCAAUUUCCGGCAGCAAUUCCGCACAAAAUGGUCCCAUUGGAACACUGCUGGUGAAGACGACUCAACACAGUUAAGCAUGUAUAUAAAAAAAGAAAGAGUGCUAUCUUGACAAACCCAAAGAGGAAGACACAUUAAAGUGGUUUCUAUUUGGAAACAUUCAAAAGUUGUGCGACGAACCUCUAGAUUCAAAUUUGACUUUUCUAGAGUCUAUAAUAAGUAAAAUAUUUAUUUGUCAAGUAUUUUAUUGUAUCGAUUCAGUCUGAAAUUCAAAACAGGAAUAUGAAUGAAGAGCUGUGUGGUCUGGAUGAGCCGACAUGGCAAAUCUGUAAAUGAGUGGCAUUUUUGCAAUUAAGGUGUUGUUAAUGUUGCCGUACUGAAAUUAAGUCAGGGCAUCUUUCACUAUGACUGAUGGUGAUGGUGAAAUGUUUGGGAAGGGGUAUAUAAAAUGUAUUAGUCUCUGAAUAUAUAAAACUCAGGGCUCCCAACAUUUUUUGGGCCUGUGACAUACAUCUGGUCAAAACUGACUUGAUGUCAGCAAUUAGACUUGUGAAGUUGUUAUAAGAGUAGGCUAUUUUUGUAUAGUAUUUAUAAGAGGGCACAGGAAGCUCUGAAUGGAUCGCACACAGAACUGAUUGAAGUUUUUAAAUGACAAAUAAACCGAACAGUGUCUGUCAGUUUUAGAGAUGACCCCCACCUGCUAAUUAAAACACACCUUGCACAUGACAAAACUCUGGUGAAACUAUUGCUCUUGUCCGUUAUGAAGCAAAAGAAGAAGAAAAAAAUAAAGCCUCAUGUCGAAAUAUGAGCAGCUUUGCUUAAUCGUUGCCGAAAACAAUUAGUUGCGUAUUUGUUGUGAGCAUUAACAGCUUGAUAAAUAAAUAUGUAUACUGCGAUAUAAAUAUUUGAUGAUUGAUCACUCUUGUUUUUUCGUCUGCAUUGGGAUUUCACUCUCUUGAUAUUCACCUCAGUUAAAUAUUUUCAUUGUCACUCAUAAAUUGAAUUGUGAAUAUCCAGAAAAACUGUUUGUUCAAAUGAAAAACAACAACGUGAGAUGUUUUGUCGGAUUUGACUCAUGAGGUGACUGAAAAUCCUUCUGUAUUGUAUGAUCUCUGUUUGAUGUGUAAUUUGGCAGCGGUCGAGGAGAAAAGUUGCAAUUUAGAGAGUGCAUAUGAGAGGCCGGGCUGUAUCACCCAUGCUUUAUCAAAAGGCCCUCAUUCGCCUUACAAAAACACAUGGAUGACUCGGAGGUGUCAGAAUCACAACAUUAGCCUGUUGCACGCUGUGUUGUUGUGUUCACAGAGUGACAAGGACUCUGUAGUCGCCUGGAUGAUAAUAAAAUUGGAUUUGUUAUAAGGGCGGAGGGAAUGAGACGUUGAAGAAGAGGAAGGAAAGGAAACGUUCACUUGGAACGCAAGGUGAUGAGAUGAAGCGGCAGGCUGUCGACGGUGAUCCGUGGAGCAACAAACAUGAGAGGAGAUAAUGCACAAAUAACUAGAACCGCAGAGGAGCAGCGUGAAAAGAAUCUGCUGAUGAGUGGAUGAAAGUCUAGGCUUGAUGUACUGCAGCAUGAUGAGCCUAAUGGAAAGCAGGUGUGGGUAAUCAGCGGUAGCCACAGCAGCACCGGGCCAGACAGACAGACAGACAGACAGGGGUACACAGGGUA